UUCGCAUACCCGACGGUCGCGGGACUCGCGCGGGGCCCGCAGCGGCCGCAGCUUGCACCGCGGGAAUAACUUUGGUUAUAGUGAGAAAUGUGACGUAGGGAUAGAGUCGCCGACUGACAGCGCGCGAUGUGACCUCCGAGACGAAUGGAGGAAAACCGACGCGCACGUUUGAGUUACUUUAAGUAACUGCGGCCGCUUCGUCGCGCUGACACGAGAACGGGAAAUCUCUCGGACAGGACGACUCGCCCGCUUCUUUCCCUCCUCGCAAUUCAACUCUUCGCAUCUCGUUCGAUUUGGCGACAACUUCGUCGGUGUGUUCCUCGCGGCGACGUUCUCGCCCCCGUAAUUUCCAACGUGGCUCUACAAUUUACUCCGUUCGUUCGUACGCAAAUAUAGAUUAGGAUGAUACGAAAGGUUCUGCCGACCCUCUAACGCUCGAAACUCGCUCGUCGAUACGAAAAAUGGUAGAGAAGAUCCCGCUGCGAAAGACGAUCGCGCGACUGGACUUCCCGGCGGUUAUAGCUUUCGGCAAUCCUCUGCUGGACAUUCUCGUGGUACUGAAGAACGACGAGCUGAUCAAGAAGUACAAUCUCAAGGUUGACGGCGAGACGGAGCUGUGUGAGAAGAGGCUGCAAGAGCUGAUCGCCGAUUUGCCAUCCGAGUUAAUGAAUACAUUUGUUAGAACGCGUUUCGUGCUCGCGCUGGUAGAACAGCAUACAAAUCCCGGAGGAUCCGCGCAGAACACUGUAAGGAUCCUGCAGUGGCUCUAUGAUGAGACUCGCGAGUUGCUCUGCGACGAGACCCACGAGUCUCAAAUCAGUGUCUUCUGCGGUGGCCUCGGGAACGAUCAGAGAGGUUCGAGCCUAGAAAAGUUAGUUCGAUUCGCAGGGGUGGACGCGAGGUAUGCCGUACAUCCGACGUUGCCUACAGGACUGUGCGUUUCUCUUGUGUACGGUACGUCCCGCAGCCUGGUCGCUAAUCUCGGCGCAGCUAGUGUAUAUACGUUGGACGAUCUGAAAAAGGCCAAUCCGCGAUUAGACAGCAUAAAAAUAAUUUACAUCGAAGGCUACUUCGUGACACACAGUUUGGACGUGGCUAAGGAACUGGUCAAGCGGGCGCAGGAGAAAAAUAUUAUUGUGGCGUUCAAUCUUAAUUCUUUCUACAUAUUCCAGGAUCAUCAAGCGGCCAUUUGCGAGAUGGUCGGCCACGCCAAGAUCGUGUUCGGCAACGCGAGGGAAAUGAUCGCGCUAGCUCAAGCAUUGAACGUCAACUACGACGAUGUCACCGAUAUACCUUUCCUGCUCAACAGCUUGAAAAGGAUCACGAUGGACGUUUCUAGCGCCAACAGUAAGGACUGGCUGGCCGACGACGGUAUAUUUAUUAUGACGCGCGGUGGAUCCGCGCCGGCGAUUAUCGUGUGGGGCAGAGGACAGUCUGCUCAGGUGCAACCCAUCGUGCCUAAGACACCUGUUGUGGACACCACGGGCGCCGGCGACGCUCUGGUGGCUGGCUUCCUGGCCGGCGUCCUGGCUCACUGGGAUCCAAAGAGUUGCCUAGAAUUGGGAUGCAAGAUCGCAUCCUGCAUGACAACCAGGCUCGGCGUCACGCUCCCGAACGGCGUAGCCCCUGACUUUCUGCCAUAACGUUUCGAUCUCUUUAGAACGCUAAUGACUAAUCGUUACCUGACGUAAUUGCACGGUUAUUUAUUGUUUGAAAGUUCUAUUAGCGAAUUAUUGGCCGUUAGAACGAUAAGCUAGCAUUCCUCGUCGAUGUUAACGUCCGUGUUAGAUAUUUACUUGAUAUUGAGUUUAUUUAUGACAGGCGCGCGCGCGUUGCUUCGCGCCACAAGGUGAUAUAGUGUUUGAGAAAUCUUUAUUUAUUGACAAGACGUCGCGUUGAGCACGAGAGGCCGUACAUUUCUAAAUGCAGCAUUAGUAUUAUUAUUAUGGAUACAAAGUAACAGGGGGAACAUUACAAGUUUUCCCCGAUAAUCGUUGCCACUAUAGAUCUGUAGUUUAUCUACCCGACGUUGCAGUGCCCAGAAAUAUGUAACAGAGUUUGUAAUUAACAAUUAUAUAAUAAGUUUCCCUUUCUAUUUUUUUAUUAUAAAGUAUAGAGUGACGUGUCAAUGUUGUUUAUGUCAUAUAUAUAUAUAUAUAUAUAUUGUAAGGGGGAAUAGGGAUAUAUUCCCCCCAAAAAGGAAAUAAUCAGGAUGCUGGAUGAGCGUAGGAAAAAGGCGACUCGGGCUGUACUCACUGUACGAAUAAAGUAAAUGAAGAAACGAA